AUGAAUUUCGAGGACACGCAUGAAAAACCUGAAAAAAUUAAAAACUUAGAAGCACCUGAAGGUCCUGAUCUCGAAAGUUUUAUAGAAAAACUCGGUCUAUACCAAUUUACGAAAAGCAAAGAUGAUUUGAAAAAUUUUUAUGACUUCGCUGGUCCAGACUUCAUCUGGCCUUCGACAAUGGACGUACUUGAACGUUGCAUUGUCUUCGAUUACAUUACUGACCAUGAAUGGUCAGAAGGGGAUAUUGGGAAAGAGCUUGCAACAAAUACUAUCGCGUACCGCAGACUCAUGGAAUCCAAAACCCUCGAUCCAUCUAAAGGAUCUCAUAUUUUACUCGUCCACGGGAAGAUAGAGCGCUAUGGACAACAAAUAUCAGCAAGUGAGUACGAUGAAAUCGUGGGGAAAGGAUUUCUUUAUGCGCCAAUUAACGAAACAUCACCUGAAGAUAUAAAGAGAAAAGGUUUGUGUUUAAAACCUAGGCAUAUCGACAGGUAUCCUACUUUAAAAUAUUGA